AUGAUCGCAAAAGCCCCCGAAUCGCCCAGGACAAAUGCUCCUUUGUAUCCCGACUACCUUCGCCCCCUCCACAAGCACGGCUGGAUGCCGCAUCCCAAAAACGGCCCCGUCGAGUUCGUCAUCGUCUACGACUCGCGCGAAGAUCUUCGUGUGCGCAAGUCUUGGGCCCGCAAGAGCCCAAUCCAGUUCCACGUCGACCAGUCACCCGAGGCCCAGCCGCCUGGUCUGACCUUUUUCUGCAUGCUCGAAUCGCCUCCUGGAGCCGGUGGUGACACUAUCAUCUCCAGUAUGAACCGUGCCUACGACCAACUCUCCCCGUCCUUCCGCAAGCGCCUCGAGGGCCUCACGGCUUUGCACACGACGGCCAACCCGAUCUUGCGCGAGAUCCGCGACAACGGUGACCUGGCCGUCCUGCGUCGCCCCAUCACCAAGGCCGUCCACCCCGUCGUUACGGUCCAUCCCGUCACCGGCCGCAAGGCCCUUUUCGUCAACUCGUCCUACACCCAACGCAUCACAGGAUGGGACGAAGAGGAGUCCGACAUGCUGCUACGCUUUCUCUUCGACCAUAUCAACCGCGAUCAGGACUUUGCCUGCCGCGUACGCUACGAGCCCGGCACGAUUGUCGUCUGGGACCACUGGACUACGAGUCCGGCGAACGUCGCCAUGCCUUCCGGCUGA